AAAUCUGAAUUUUACUUCAAAUUCUAAAUUGUCUGUCAUUUUUCAUUGUCAAUGUUUAACUGUUUUUAUAAAUAAAUAUUGGCUAAAAAAAUAAAUUCAUAUAUUUUUUUCAUAUAAAAUAUGGAUAUAUUUACUCCACAUUUGAAGAAUAUUAAAAUUCCAACAACGGGCAGUAAAGUAUAUAAGGAUGAAUGCGUAUUUUCAUUUGACAAUCCAGAAACUGAUACGGGUUUAUACGUAAGUUUGAGUACAUUCGUCGGACUCGGCAGAGAUCAUGUCGAAAGAUAUGCUAAAAGUCACGAUGCGGUAUUUUUGCAUAUAAGAAGAGAAAAACACGAGGUUUCAUCACCACAGCAGGGAGAUGGGCCCGAGAAAAAAAUAACCAGAUUAGCAAUUGGAGUAGAAGGUGGUUUUGAUCCAGGAUCCAGCAAGAAAUUUGAGUAUAAAGAAUUUUAUUCUGUGAUUGUACUGCCGAGUUUUGCUACAUUUGAAUGGCCAAAUGAACAAUUACCAGAGAUAAUUAAACAGUCAGUUGAAGCCAUUAUUGAUCUACCUUCAGCCAGCAAACUAGCAGAACUUGAAGCUCUCAGUGGGACAUGGGAUGGAGAAGUACGUGAAGUCUCCAAACAUGCAUUUAAUCUGAAACAAUUGGAUAAUGGGAAAAAGAUACCUCCCACUGGUUGGAAAUGUGAAAGAUGUGACAAAACUGAUAAUUUGUGGCUGAAUCUCUCUGACGGUUCAAUCUUGUGUGGUAGAAAAUUCUAUGAUGGUUCAGGAGGAAAUAAUCAUGCUAUUGAACAUUAUACUGUUACAAAUUAUCCUUUAGCUGUGAAAUUAGGGACAAUUACAAAGGAUGGUAAAGCAGAUGUGUUCAGUUAUAGCGAAGACGAUAUGGUAGAAGAUCCUAAUUUAAUUGAACACCUAGCACAUUGGGGUAUUAACAUUGCUAAUAUGGAAAAAACCGAAAAAUCUAUGUUGGAACUAGAAUUGGAAUUGAAUAAAAAAACAAACGAAUGGGCUGCAUUACAAGAAAGUGGUGGUAUUUUAAAACCGAUUUAUGGAUCUGGUUACACUGGAAUGAUUAACAUGGGGAAUUCAUGUUACUUGAACAGUGUUAUGCAGAUGCUUUUUGUGAUACCGGAUUUUAUACAGAAAUACUAUGAUGCAGCAGCUCCAUUUUAUGACAAACCUGCCAUAGAUGCUCCAGAAGAUUUCAACGUCCAAAUGGCAAAAUUGGGUCAUGGUCUUUUAUCUGGGAAAUAUUCUGUAGCACCACCCUUGGGCGAAGAUGCCGAUUGUCCUGGUAUAUGUCCUCAGAUGUUUAAGAAUCUCGUAGGUAAAGGUCAUCCUGAAUUUUCAACUAAAAAACAACAAGAUGCCCAAGAGUUUCUUCUUCAUAUUUAUUCGAUGUUAGAAAGGAAUACGAAAAAUUCGACUAAUCCUGCUGAUUGUUUCAAAUUUCAAGUGGAGGAGAGGUUUCAGUGUGGUUCCAGUAAAAAAGUUAAAUACUUAACUAGAUCCGAAUGUGUUCUUUCUCUUAGUAUAUCCUUGGAUGCAGCAAUUAAUAAGGAUGAGGUUGCUGCUUACGAAGCGAAAAAAGCCGAAAUGGAAUUACAAGGCAAAAAAAUGGAUGCCGCUACGGUCGUUCGUCCAAGGAUCAAAUUUUUCUCGUGUCUCGAAUCUUUUAGUGAACCGGAAGUUAUAAAUAAUUUCUAUAGUACAGCGGUGAAAGAAAACGUUACAGCUAGAAAAACAACAAGAUUAUCUUCGUUUUCGGAUUAUCUGAUAAUACAUUUGAAAAAAUUUAUGUUGAGGGAAGAUUGGGUACCGAUGAAAUUAGAUGUGUCAGUUGAGAUGCCGGAUAUCUUAGAUAUUACCUCACUUCGCGGAGAUGGGCCCCAACCUACUGAAGAACUCUUACCUGAACUAGAUGUAAAUCCACCAGUUCCACCCAUGGACGAAGGUGUGAUUAGUCAAUUAGUGGAUAUGGGAUUUCCUCCUGAAGCUUGCAAAAGAGCAAUAUUCCAUAGUGGAAAUUCGGGUUUAGAAGCAGCUACGGCGUGGAUAAUGGAACACAUAGCAGAUGCCGAUUUUACUGAUCCCUUCGUACCACCCGGUUUAGAAAGCAAUAAAUUUGUAGCCAAUCCUGAUGCGUUGGCUACCAUAACUUGUAUGGGUUUCACUCCAAAUCAAGCUACUAAAGCUUUAAAAGCUACUGAUAAUAAUGUCGAAAGAGCAAUGGAUUGGAUAUUUUCACAUCAGGAUGAACUGGAUGAUGUAAAAUCACCGGAACCACCUAAAUUUCGAGAUGGUGUAGGAAGAUACAAAUUGAUUGGUUUCAUCUCCCACAUGGGUCCGUCAACAAUGGUAGGCCAUUACGUGGUGCAUUUAUUGAAGAACGGUCAAUGGGUCAUAUUCAACGACAAUAAAGUAGCUUUGUCUGAAAAUCCUCCAAAGGACUUAGGUUAUAUGUAUUUAUAUGAAAGAAUGUAACAUAAAAAGCGCGUUGUUUUUUAGACUAUUAAUUACAUUACUAAUAAAAUCCGUUUGUACUUGUUGAAAAUAAAAUUAUACUUCUUGCAGAUAUUAUCAAUCUGAUUAUUCAGUUUAUUUUUAUGAAAAUAGAAAAGAAAUUAUUUUUUUCGGAAUUUUCAAUAAACAUUAAGCUGGGAUAGUUUUUCUCGGCAACUUGGAGAAGGUUUUUUAUUGAAAUUUGUCCUAUACAAUUUAGAAUAAUAAAUUAUGGAUAUCCA